AGAGGACAAUGACGAGGACAAGCCGGUCAAAAGACCGAGCGCGCGCACGCAACGUUCUGACUCAGGUGAGAAAGCCUGGUGGCUGCAAGAUGAUGACGUGGCAGAGAAAGUACAGAAUGGAGUCAUAAAUAAUUUGAGCACAGCGGAAUUGAAUGAGGUAGCAGCAGACGAAGCCAGAGGACGAGAUUACGCCGACACAGAAGUGCAACAUAUUAAUGGGCACGUAGCUGUGGCGCAACAACAAAAUUUUGGCACCGAACUUAGUAAUUCGUUCAAUUUCGAGUAUUCAGAACGACCGCCACCAUUGGGACAAUGUGCCAGCCCCAUUGCCCUUGAGCAAGACGCCCCUCAAAUGCCACCGCAACCGCCUACGCGCAAUCUAAAUCAAUGCAAAUCGCCUUACGAUAACAUUCCAAUGUCGAAAGUUCAAAUGAAUCACUACUAUCAGCCCCAAUACUCAACUCAACCACAACCGCCCACAACACAAUCAUCAAUACCACAACAAUCACCUUACUACCACCACCAAUCACAACAACAGCAACAAGCGCAACAAACAAAUGAUUACUACACUCCGUAUGCCAACAAUAGCAGCAGCUACAGCAACAAUGUUGGCAACAUCAGACAAACGUUUGGUGGUGAGAAGCUCUUCAUAUCGCGUCAUCAAAAUAUCGAUGAGCUUUUGGGUGGUUCGUGUCGUCCAUUAAGUCCGCUCUUCUUGGACGGCAGCAGCACCGCCAACAGCUUUGCCACAGUGCCGGCGAAUCGCAACGUCUUCUUAGAGGAGAUCACACCCGAUCAAGUGCGCAUACACGAUAGCACAGCGCAAAUGCCGGUGAUUCAACGCAUGGAGAGGGACGAAUGGGAUAACUAUGGAAGUGGAGGUGCAGCACAACCGAUACCGUAUUAUGAGCAGAAAAUGAACGGUUGCUAUGUUUAA